AUGGCAGACGAGGAUGCCAGAACGACUCUGGAUGUGCCGCAGGUGUCCGUCUCCAACAAUGAGGCACCAUCAACGCAGCAAAGCCAAGGGCAGGGCACGCCGCAGCGAGACGUCGUGAUGGCCGAUGUGCCGACAGAUCAAGCAUCACCAGCACCCGCGGCUUUUGCGCCAAGUCCUGCUCCUGGUCGCACGGGAACACCAGCGCACGGCUCUAGAGCGGCCUCAACGCAUCCGGACCCUGGGUUUACGAUGCCUACAGAGGCGUCUUUACACGGCGACUCGACACGCCGAUACCUGAAUACGAAAGUCACUGGUGCUUUACUGGAAGGGAUGAAAUUGCUGGCCAAGGAAAAACCAGAAGACCCUCUUCGAGUUUUGGGCGAAUAUCUGAUACAAAAGUCAAGAGAUUUGGAAGGUACAGGGUGA